UACCGCUGGCAUAAUUAUUGAAUAAAUACGGAAGUCUCACGGGGAAACACGUUUUUAUCAAAAGUAGAAAUCACAUGCAUCAGGUCUGCUGUGUGCGUCAGGCUUGUUACUCAUCCAAAGUGGAAGAAAAGAUGCUCGCAGGCAGAACCAGCAGCAGCAGCAGCAGCAGCAAGGUGCUCAUCUGACGCGCUGACGUCACCAAAUCUUUGACAGCACUUCCUGGAGUGGUGUUUGUUGUGGGAAAUAACCACCGUGGUGCUGAAUUGGGAUUCAGGCCACAUUAACGACGCAAGGACGGCACAGAAAACUACACUAUCCCACCUCCAAGCAUGUGGCCGCGGCAGCUUUCGACCGGUGUCAGAUAAGCCAGAAGAAGUGACGGUGGAGACUGAGGAGCGGAAGGACGAGGUGGAAAUAUUCUCGGACAGCCGACAGCACGGAGCUGUCGCGAUGUGGUAGCUAAACCAUGGACAGCAGAAUAAAGGAGAAACCAGAAAGAACAUUUGAUUUGGUUGUACAGGUGGCAUGUCCAGCAUCUGAAAAUGAGGAUCCAACCGUGCUGUGGAGCUUCCCCCAGGACCACACAGACCAGGAGGUCCUUCAGACGAUACCAAAGUUCUGCUUUCCCUUUGACGUGGAAAGGGUUUCCCAGAGUCAAGUGGGGCAGAAUUUCACCUUUGUGCUGACGGACAUCGACAGCAAACAGAGGUUUGGUUUCUGUCGACUCACUCAAGGCUGCCAGGUCUGCAUAUGUCUGCUCAGUUAUCUACCAUGGUUUGAAAUCUACUACAAGCUGCUAAAUACCCUCGCAGACUACCUAACAAAACAACAGGAAAAUGACUUGAAUGACAUGCUGAAUUCUCUGUAUGAUCUGCCUGUGCCAAAGCCCUUCACGCCAGUCAACCUGAGUGUGAAUGAGCAGUUGUAUAUUGCCACUGGGCAAGUACUGAGAGAUCGGCGAAGCAAGGAGCCGCACUCCUACUUCAUCGCCCCGGAUAUCAAUGGACUGCCAACUAUCCCUGAGAGCAGGAACCUGACAGAGUACUUUGUGGCUGUGGAUGUCAACAACAUGCUUCAGCUCUAUGCCAGUAUGCUGCACGAACGGCGCAUCAUCAUUACCUCAAGCAAGCUUAGCACUUUAACUGCAUGUGUCCAUGGUGCGGCUGCUUUGCUCUUUCCUUUGUACUGGCAGCACAUCUUCAUCCCUGUACUGCCCCCGCAUCUUCUGGACUACUGCUGUGCCCCCAUGCCAUACUUUGUGGGAGUUCACCUUAGUCUGCUGGAGAGAGUUCGUAGUCGGUCGCUGGAGGAUGUGGUCAUUCUGAAUGUGGACACAAACACCUUGGAGAGUCCCUUUGAUGACCUGCACAACCUUCCCAGUGACGUGGUGUCCUCUCUGAAGAGCAAGCUGAAGAAGCAGUCAACAGCAACAGGAAGUGGUGUGGCGAGGGCCUUCCUGAGAGCACAGGCCGCUCUGUUUGGAUCCUACCGAGAUGCCCUCAGAUAUAAACCUGGGGAGCCGAUCACAUUCUGUGAGGAGAGCUUUGCGAACCAUCGCUCGAGCACCAUGAGGAACUUCCUAUCCAUGGCUGUCAACCUGCAGCUCUUCAAACAGUUCAUCGACGGACGGCUGGCCAAAUUGAACGCAGGCCGCGGCUUCACCGACGUGUUUGAAGAAGAGAUCACAGAGGGGGGCUUCUGUGGAAGUAACUCGAGGUCUUAUCAGCAAUGGAUGCACACUGUAAAGAGAGGAGGAGCACUCAUCAACACCGCUGUGAUAAAGGCCAAGAGUCAUGCCAAGAGGGGCAUCCGGGACAUUAAGGGCAGACUUAAAGCGAGGGAAGAAGAAGAAGAGGGGAUGACUAUCUGUGCAGGGUCUCCCACCAGCACCAAGAGCCUGUCUCCAAGGAGACUGCAGAAGAUGAGACGGCACAACUUCAACAAGUUUCCUGUGAGCAUGGGCCCUCGGGAUCUUGGCUACGGGCUCGAUGAUGAUGAGCUGGACAGUGCGAGCAAGAUCUCCUCAGAGGACAGCGGGGAUGUUCCUUCGUACAUCGAGGACAGCGAUGACUCUUACUCGCUUGAACUCGACAUUGAACCCACCCGCUCAGGCCAGAUGAACCUGCUGGAGGAGAUCCUGGACUCUCUCAACACCACAACAAUGGAGCAAGGCAAACUCAGCGCUGCCAAGAGCCUGGACUUCUUCAGAUCCAUGGAUGAUUUAGACUACAAAGUCCCGAGCAAGGCAACACCUUCCAGCGAGUCUAAACCUGCAGAUGACAGUGGCUGUGGUGCAGGCGGGGAUCAGGGAGGCUGGAACAUGGGCCAAGAUGACAGCGCAGUCCACGGGAAACACCUUCCUCCGUCCCCACGUAGACAGCCCAACAAGAGCAACCUGAAGGUGUCAAAGAAACCUGCAGCAGCUCCUCCAAUGCCCGUCAUCACAGCUACGGCACCAGCCAAGGACACUGAUGCCUUCGAGAAGCAGUCACAUCUUGACCCUCACGCUCUACCUCCAGGGCGAAAACCAGGAGACCGCUACUCCUACUCGCCCUCACUGUCUCAUAGAGUUACACCCACACAGCCGUCUCCCACUCUCUCUCACACCUACAGUUCCCCAGUAACCGUUUCUCACCCAAACUAUUCUCUACCAGCGAGCCGGCCUCGGACCAUUUCAGACCCCCAAGCCAGCACCGAGCCUCCUCCUCAGGCCCAGAACCAGACUGCCUCCACCAGCAUCCUGAGGAGGAAGGUGCUUUCCAAGGAGACAGUGAGGCACUACCAGGAAAAGGCUCUUCAGAGGCAGGGCAGCAAGGGCCACAUGGAGGGUCAGGGGAGCCCGUCGAGGAACAGCCAGUCAGCUAUGCAGGUCCCGUGGGAGAAAGAGGUGUCCAAGGAGGGGCUUCUGGGGCUCGGCCUGUGUCUGGGUCAGGGUAAAGGCUCUGGGGCGGCUGUGGUUCAGGAUCCUGGCCUCCUAGAGGAGAUUGAGUCCAUGUGUUGCCUAGGCUCAGUGCUUCACACCAGCCUGCAGCUCUCACAGGUUCACUGCAACAACAGUCAACACCAGGUCCAGGGCAAAGCCACAGACGAGUCUUAAGGAUGUCAAAGACUCUGUGUCUGUAAAAUGCCAUAGGUUCUACUGAAAUCUAUUCACUGUAAUUCUAUUACAAUUAGUCAUAGACGUCAAUUCAGACCUUUUCUAUCUCAACACUCAACCAUCAGGAAACGUUACAAAUUUGAUGUCAUACAGGUGGCCACGAACAGAGAGCCACAGCCAGUAGGACAAAAACAGGAAGAAUCGGUGUGCUGCAAAACAGAUCUUCUUCUUAUCAAAUAAUUUCUGUCUAUAAUUGAGGCUUAAAAACCUUAUUUUCUUAAAACAAGUUAAAAAAAAAAGCUGCCAAUGUCGUACGAAUAUGUCAUCUUUUUUUCCAGUAGAACUCUUCUUGAAAUGAACGUCUGUAUCUUUUGACAAAAAAAAUAAGGCAGGUCUUUACUUUAAAAUGAAGAAAAAUAAAACUUUAUUUUAGAAAAACGCUUGAAAAAAAUGAAACAAGUAAAGAUAAAAAAUCUUACUGCAGUGGCAGAUUUAAGGAAAUACAACUUUUUGUACUCAAUAACAAACAACAAUUACUUGAUAAGAGAAAGAUUUUUGCAACGUGUAUUUCUGUCUGUAAUUGUUCUAAACUUCGUGACAACACCUACAUUUUCACUUGAUGUAUUUCUCAUCUCGUAACGUAUUCACAACUGAAUGCCCAAAAAAAGACCCAUGAAUAAUAUUUUGGGGGAAAUAUAAGUAGCCAACCGAUAAUGGAGGAAUUUUUCACCUUCCCGAAAGGAAUUUAGAAAAAGAAAACUCAGUACUUUGUUAGGAUGAAGAAGGGACGAUAUCUCCUCAUCACACCAUCAUGUCAGUGUUCCAAACAUUUCACAUGAUCAAAUUGAAUUUGCACUCGUAGAUUAACAAAUAGUUCUCAGUCGUUACUACUUGGCACUAAGACUAUUUGAGCAAAAGCAACAAAAUGAGACAGGAUUUUUCGGACACAAAGUCCACUUGGGCCUUUGAAACUAAUUAUACACUGUGUAAUAUAUUUUUUUUUAUCACCAUGCCUUAAAUGGACAUGUGAUUUGUUUUUUUAAUACUCUGGUGUCUUAAUCUAUAGAUACCAUAACAGGUACUUUGUAAUCCGAAUCACUGAUAGUGUCAGAUCUUAAAUGCAACAGUUAGUAGUACUUAAACAGCACUGUAUUUCUCUGGAUCCAUAGAAUAGUUAAUAUUUAUGAUGUGCUUUAAGCUGCUGUUUUUAAUUGCAUUCCAGAUAAUGAGAUGUGCAUGUAGAAAACCUCUCUCUGUCUGGCUCCUCUUCCUGUGUUCCUCAGGACACGUCUGUCACUCUGAAGAGGAGCAAAUACAGAAAAAUGUUAAUGUGGAUGAUCUGAUGCCAGUGCCCAAUCUCCAUUUUUUUAUUUUCUCUCUUUUUCCAACAUCAUCACUCUCCCGCUCAUGUUGUCUCUUUUUUUCUAAUUUUCUACCUUUUAGUACUUUCAGGACAUUUUUCACUCUUUUGACCUUUUAAAAAAUGGCGGCCAGUUGUUGCAGAGCUCAUGAGGUUUGGAGCGGAGGUGGAAAAGGUGAACUUUAAAGUAUGAGGCUGGCAUUCCUCUGUACUAUAUGUUUCUUAUUGUCAACAAAUUACAUGAAGACCGAAACAAAAAAAACUACAUUAUUCCGUCUCUGAAUGUGUUCAGACUUUUGUGGCAUUUGGGUCCAAGCUCAUUUUACUGUAGACAAAAAUCUUUAAAAAUCGUAGUUUUUUAGUUUUGAAAAAGGCAAAAUCAUUUCCUAAAACUGCUGGACGCUAUUUUUAUCCAAACGUUACUCAAAUAAUGCAUAGUGCAUUUCUUCUUGACUAGUUUCAGCCGUAGAUUACCUGUUAGUAAAGUAAAUUAAUCGUUGGUUUAGGUCUUUUCAUGGGAUUAUUUGUCAUUAAGAAAAAUAUAGGAUAUCACCAGACUUUUAUAACUCUUUCUGCCUGUCUCCCUUUCUUUGCUUGUCUUUGUCUCACAAGAGGAAAUGCAAUCUCUGCCCUUCUAGGUUAGAGUCACACACUGUCAUGUAAUGCAGUGGUUGAUGAUUGUACUGUAAACGCAGCAAUACGUUUCUCCUCAGAGAGUAGCUACAUGGAUGCAAUGUGUACAGAGUCAAAAGUGUUUCUAUAACGGACUCUCCUGUGGAGAGAAACGCUGCGUCCAGAGAUUGGAUCGUGGUUCCCAUCAUUCUCUGCGUCGCCACAUACCCAGAGAAAAGAGGAAAGCUUUUUCAUGUGUUCUUGUGUUGGGAUUAUUACAUUUAUGGUUCGUUGUUCUUAAGAUUUAUGCCAGACGCCAGUCGGUGUGGCAGUUUAAUAGCAGCUUUUUCUCUACUUUUUGAGUGCUGCUCUGCGUUAACGAUUUGCUCAUAAAGUCUUUGGCGUGCUUCUAAAAGCCCAGGAAUCAGUCCUAGUAAUUCCAAAAAAGGAAAAAUUAAAAAACAGACUCCAGAAUAAUUUCUGUACCGGCCCUAUUCAUUGUGAACACUUUAAAAAAAACAAACAUAUUUACUAUGCAAAUAUUUAAAAUUCAAAAAGGUAAUUUUUUUACUACUAAUUACUUUAUAAUGCAUUGAUUCUACUUGAAAAAUAAACAAUCACAAUCAAAUUAGUUUCUAAAGGGAGUAAGCCACAUGUGUCCCCAAAUAAAUAAAUAAAUAUCAAAGACUAUUUAACUGUGUGUGAGAUGAAGUGUGUCUGUGAGUGUUAAUGACAGAGUGUAUGGUGUGCCUUAUACAGUAAGCGUACCACCCGAUAUAAUCAGAACAAGGUACAGUAUUAUAGAGAGGAGGAGUAUGCAAUGUUUCAGACCACCUUAAAUCACAGUUAGGCCCUACAAACGUUGGUAUUUAUAUGAUAAACAGACACAAAAACAUUUGUGUCCUGAAAAACAGAAACUGACCUGAACUGAACUUGGGUUCUAACGUUGUUUUCGUAGCUGUUUUGUUAUUGAGCUCGGCUGAAGUCCAGCUGGAGUCAGUGUUUCCUUUGCUGUGGUGGUCAGCGGGAAUCCUCCUGCCUGUAUUUAAGAGAAGAUCUCUGGGUUAUUUGUCUUUUUGUUAAAUAGGUACUUAAUUUGAGUCUUUUAUUAGGUGAUUACUUGUAUAGUUUGUGCUCUUUUUCUUUUUGUUUUCUCUCUUUCUUUCUUUUUUUUUUUUUUUUAAAAAGACGCCCUCAUCCUGAGCUAACUGCAUUAAAAAAACGUUUCUCAGAGGAGAUUCUCUAGUUGAUUUCAUAUUGAUGAGAAAUUAUUUUCAACUGAAUAGACAUGUAUUUUUGCUGGCUUGAGUAUAUUUUACAUGGAUAAUAUAUGAUCGGUGUUGUAUGUUGUAAAAAUGACACCUAAUAUUUGAAUGUUUUAGAUUUUAUUUUUUUGAAAAAGAAAAAUAUAGAGAGAGAAUAUUAACAAAUGUCCCAUGUAGCCAUUCAUGUUAAGAAGCAUUUGACACCUUCUAAUCAAUUUAAGCAGACUGAUGCUUGCUUGUACAUGGUACAGUGCUUACUGUCAUAUCUGCAUGUAUGUACAGUACCUGUAUGUAUUGUAUGCUAUUGAUUUUGCUUUGUUUAGUUUUUCAGAUGUUUUUUUUCUUGUAUUAUUAUUUCAGUAUUUAGCACUUCCAUCAAACGAAGAAUGAUGGAAAUUACAUGGGGUCUGGUACAAUACACUCAUUCUGCCUUGCAUUUGGAUAUUGUAGUGUUAGAUGUCAUUUGCCUUGCAUUUUAUGCAGGAGAAAACAUUUCUACUUUUUUGGUUACCAGCUACUGUAAAUGUAACUGCAGAGGUCUGUAGAGGAGAAAUACUUGAGCAGUCAGCUGCUGUUGAGGGUGAUUAAAAAAAAACAAAACAAAAAAAAAAAAACGCUUUAGACUGAUCCCGUUUACACUAAUGUAAAACAAUGAAGAAGUUAUUGUCAGGGGAUUUACAUUUCAAUGUCUGAAGGUUUGUGAUAGCUAAGAAUACCCAACCCUCAGUGUAAGACGGUACUCUGCUAUUAAUACAGCGUAAAGUAAUUAAUAAACAUAUAUAUAUAUUAAGUAUGAUAGUCCUGAAAUUGCAAGUUUGGAGUGAGAGGUGACAGAGAUUAUGUAGCAGAUUUUACAGAAAACACAGGUUCAACUUUACAAAGAGGAUUAACAUCACUGCCCUCUAAACCACUCAUUUAUGAAAUCAGACAUAUUUUAAGUGUAGUUACAGUAUAGGAGAAGUUACCUUAAUCAAUUUUUUUUGCUCUCAGUCUCUUGUUUGGGUAUUGUAAUGAUGAUUAACUCUUCGAUAUGCCAUUUACUGAUUUUCUGAUUCUGUGCACACUUGCAUGUUCUCAUUGCAGAGUAAACAGCUGUCUUAAAACAACUGAGGUCAAUCUAAUGUGCUAUUGAUGAGUAACUUGGUACAACUGCACACAAUGUAUGCACUGUGAACUGAAAAUAAAUUAUACUGUUUCAUGCUUAUA